GCAUAGGGCAGGGAGAAGGCUGGCAUCUGGGCCCGCAUCUGGAUCGUCUGCUUCUGCUGCUCCAGGCGCAUCUGCCGCUCCUUCUCCUGCUCCUGCAGCCGCUGGAUGGCCAGCUGCCGCUGCAUCUCCAGGUGGGCACAAACCUGACUGACCUCCUGCUCCAAAAGAAGAUCACGAUCCGGGAGCUGGGGGGCUGCAUGGGCCCCAUCUGGGCCAGUUACUAUGGAGACUGCCGUGCAGUGCUGUUUGUGAUUGAUGCCUCAAACCCCACCCAGAUCUCCUCGUCCUGCGUCCAGCUGCUGUCUCUCCUUUCUGCAGAGCAGCUUGCUGCAGUGCCAGUCCUCAUUGUCUUCAACAAGAUCGACCUGCCCUGCUACAUGUCCCUUCUGGAGAUGAAGUCCCUGUUCCGCAUCCAGGAUAUGGUCUCCUGUGCCACGCAGCCCAUCACCGUAAUGGAGACCAGUGCCCGUGAUGGCACGGGCCUGCCCGAAGUGCUGCGGUGGUUUCAGUCCACCCUCAAGGAUGCUAGCUGAAGUUGCUCCACGUGCUGCCAGGGGAUGGUGUAGGCCCCAAGAGCUCAGGGCUCCUCUGCCACGGAGCCUGGACUCCAGGAGUGGAGCAGAGGCCACUGAGCAGCAGCCCCCAGCAGGAGUGAUGCCACUUCAGACUCAAGCUGUAAUUGUAAAAUAAAACUGAACUCUCCAG